GAAUCUGACGGUAAACGUUAUGAUGAUAAAACACUAUACCUGACGACAAAUUUAAAAGAAAUUUUAAUACCUAUUAAUAUAUAUUCAAGUAACUCUUUAUCAAUUAAUAAAAGAGCUAUUCGAUCUAAUAAUUCAAAUUUUGGAGAUUAUACACAUUUUAUAAUGAAAUAUGAAAAAUAUAAGAUUCGUUUGAAUAAGGAUGAUAUUAACCCUUCAGAAGAAUUCAAACAGGCUAUAGAAAAAGCACUUGAAGAUAUGAAACCACUUAUAUUUUUAAAAGAUGUAUUUGAUGAGUAUGGACAUUUCUUCCCGCUAAGUAUUAUUUUGGGGAAAUCCCUUAAAAAUACCCUACCGAACUCCUCCUUAUCUUUUAAUUUCGAAAAUAUCGAAAGGGUUGAUUUAGGAUCACCACCAUUUGAAUCUCUAGGA